AUUUGGAUGACGCAAAAAUGUCGCGCAGUUGGUGAUUGCGGAAGAAACAAAAGUGCGGCGUGAACAUGGGGAAGCAAAAGAAAGCAAGAAAGUAUGCGACCAUGAAGAGAAUGCUUAGUCUCCGAGAUCAGAGGCUUAAAGAAAAGGAUAGAUUGAAACCUAAAAAGAAAGAAAAGAAAGAUCCCAGUGCACUCAAGGAAAGAGAAGUCCCCCAACAUCCUUCCUGCUUGUUCUUCCAAUAUAACACACAGCUGGGCCCACCUUACCACAUCCUGGUUGAUACCAACUUUAUUAACUUUUCCAUUAAAGCCAAACUGGAUUUAGUACAAUCAAUGAUGGACUGUCUGUAUGCCAAGUGUAUCCCUUGUAUAACUGACUGUGUAAUGGCUGAAAUUGAGAAACUGGGGCAAAAGUAUCGAGUGGCUCUAAGGAUUGCCAAGGAUCCAAGAUUUGAACGAUUACCAUGCACACACAAAGGAACCUAUGCAGAUGACUGCUUAGUACAGAGAGUGACUCAGCACAAGUGUUACAUUGUGGCCACAGUUGACCGGGACCUUAAACGAAGAAUCCGGAAGAUCCCUGGAGUUCCCAUCAUGUACAUUUCUAACCAUAGGUACAACAUAGAGCGGAUGCCAGAUGACUAUGGAGCCCCUCGGUUCUAACACUCUAAAGAUAGAGGUCCUGUGCCUGCCUUUGCCAACUUUAUCUGUUGCCAGUUCAUAGAGUAAUAUGCCGUAGCAUGAAUUAUUCUCCUUACCCAUUUGCUCUGUUAUGAGCUGAGUAUGGUUAAAUACACUCAUUUUCUAUAUUGUUUUGAAAUUGAUAUUUUGUAUCAUUUUGAAUUUUUUUGCAUCUUUUUAUAAAUCAAAUAAUUGCACACAUAAUUUGAUGGUUGUUUUAUAUUGAUAUACACAACAAAUAUUUAUUAAGGUUAUACUAGGUACUUAGUAAGGUAUGGUCCUGCCCUUAAGACAUAGAUAUUAUAGGGGAAAAGAGAAACACGUAUAUGAAUAAAUAUAGUAAUAUAGUGAUGCCAGGUUAAAAGUCUGAGAGAAUAGAACUACCUAUAUAUAAGAAAAGAAUGAUUUCUUUCUACUUAGUUGGAAUGGGAAGGGAGGAAAGGCUAGAGGUAGUAAUAUUUGAGUUAAUAUUUUGUUUUGUUUUUUUGUUUUUUAUGAUCAUGGAUGAUUCUAUUUUCCUUGUGACUCUUUGUACUACCUAAAUUUAAAAAAUAAUAACAUUCAUUUGA